AUGGAACGUCUACGCCAAAUUCAACAACAAUAUGAACAAGAACUUAUUUCUAAAGGUAUAUUGCCAUAUACAACUGAAGUAGCUGUUAAACAAUACGCAGAACAACAACGAACACGAAUGAAAACAGAUAAAAUUAUUAUAGAUAAUUCGAAUUAUAAAAAAUGUUUAAUUGAUUAUGUUCCAUCAAGUAAUUUUUCAAAUAAAAAUGAAGAACUUGAAGCAUUUGAAAGUGAUAAUGUUCAUCCACGUUUUAAUGACAUUUUUACAGAUUAUAAGUUUCAAACAAAAUUAGGGAAAGAUAUAGGAGAAAAAUUUCAAGAUGAUUUAUAUAAAAAUCAAACACAAAUCAAAACAGUUUUUCCUAAAACAAAUCGACAAGAUCUUAUUCGACAAGAAUUAGAAGUUGUUAAAACAAGUGAAGGACUGUAUGCUUAUUCAAAUCGUUUAGCUAAACAACUAUCGAAAUAA